CUUAUGUAUGUUGCCCCCUAACCCUACCUCUCCACACUGUCUAGUCUUCUCAUCACAGUCUGGUUAAUGCUUGCACAUCCUCGAGUCUCUUAUAUUGUUCUCUCUUCCCCUAUCUCUGCCAUCCGCGAAUAAUAUCGGCAGAGCGUCCGCUAAGACGUUCGCAAUCGACUUCGAUUUUGGUGACUCGAUCCAUCUUCACCAUGGUCGCAUUAGAUAUCAACGACACUUCCAAGGCUCUCGCCGUCAGUGGGGGAUACGUGGCUGUUGUCGGACUCGUUUCUUACUUUCUCAAAGAAAAGCUUUUCAUGUCUGAAGCACUCCUGGCCACGGUCGCAGGUAUCAUAUUCGGACCUCGCGUUCUCAACUGGUUCAACCCGCAAGAAUGGAUAGGAGGAUCGGACGUAGAUCUCAACCACCUCACAUUUCAAAUCACGAGGAUCGUCAUCGGCAUUCAAGUGCUCUUCACCGGUAUCGCCCUCCCCAAGGCGUACCUCAAGAAAGAAUGGUUGUCCCUCACCACGCUUCUUGGACCGAUCAUGCUGGCAGCUUGGUUCGUCACUAGUCUCCUCAUCUGGGGUCUCAUACCUGGAUUAACCUUUCUUGAAUGUCUGGUGAUUGCGGCUUGUGUCACCCCGACGGAUCCCGUCUUGGCCAACUCUAUUUGCAAGGGUCGCUUUGCCGAAAAACACGUACCUGCUCAUGUACGAAACAUCAUUGUGGCCGAAUCAGGCGCUAAUGAUGGUCUGGGGUUUCCCUUCCUCUACAUCGGCCUGUACCUCAUGCUCAUCAAAACCCCUGAUCAUCCCAUGCACUCAGUGGGAGGUGCUAUCGCAGAAUGGAUCUACAAUGUGAUUCUAUAUCAAAUCCUUCUAUCGGUCGUCAUUGGCGCGAUCAUCGGCUUUGUCGCUCGGAAGAUACUCAAAUUUGCCGAAGCGCGCUCACUGAUCGAUCACGAGUCUUUCUUGUCUUUCGGCGUCGCUCUCACAUUCUUCACUCUGGGAGUCGUGGGCAUAUUAGGUUCAGACGAUAUCCUGUGUUGCUUCAUUGUGGGAAACAGCUUUACUUGGGAUGAUUGGUUUCGGGUACAAACCGAAAGCCAUGCCUUCCAAGAUGUCAUUGACCAGUUAUUAUCCAGUGCUAUCUUUUUGUACAUCGGAGCAAUAAUGCCUUGGUCCUCAUUCGGUAACUUCCAUGACAUCACAGUAUGGAGACUGGUAUGCCUUGGCUUACUAGUGAUGCUCCUCCGGCGCUUGCCGUGGGUCAUAGGCCUUGCCUCGUUCAAAAUGAUACCCACUUUGCCAACAUGGCGGGAAUCCGCUUUUGCUGGCUUCUUUGGACCUAUCGGUGUCGGGGCGGUUUUCUACAAUAGUAUCGCUCUGGAGGUUAUCCCGGUGGAAGGUCGUGAAAACCUUCGAGCCGUCGUUACGCCCGUCGUAUACUUCUUGGUCCUCACCUCCGUCGUCAUUCACGGUAUCACCAUACCCGUCGGCAAAGGCUUUCAGCGAGCGCGGACCUCAACCCUCUCCCGAUCUCAGACCACGACUGCAGGUAUCGUAUCCCGUCUUCCGCCUCCAGUACCCCUCGAAAGGGAAAACGCCCGAUUCGACGAAGAGGCACGGACACGCACUCCGCGAACGCUAUCCAGGUCGACAAGUAUGGGCAUUGAGAGCGGAACAAACGUUCAUUUCAGUCCUCUCGAUGGCGGCAAGCAACUGUCUGGAUCGCCCCUCUACCAGUCGCAUCAGUCAUCGACGACUGGCACAUCUUUGCAAAAUCAAAGUCGAGAAAACCUUCCACGCUCGUCAACGGUGGGAAGCCAAGGUAUCACCGAGACUGCCUGGAAUGAAGGAAAUCAGGUCGUCAUCGAGUCCGAAGGUGGAGAGAACGUUAGAGUGUUGAACAGGCGGAGUCAUGAUGCGCAUGGAGCAGAGUGAGUCGGAAACGUGAUGUGUGGCAAGUAUGACGAUAUUUGCAUUUUGCAUUGUGCACGGACGGAAACGAGACACCAGAGGAGAUGAAAUCCUCCUUUGCUGGUAUUGCC